CUCCACAACCACACCACCACCACCAUGCCCCGCGCAGACGGAAGAACACCAAACGACCUGCGCCCGCUCCGCGCGUCCGUCGGCGAGCUGGACCGCGCAGACGGUUCGGGACGCUUUGCCUUUGGCCCCGUCGCCGCGCUGGCCUCAUUCACCGGCCCGAUCGAGGUGCGCCUGCGCGAGGAGCGCGUCGACCGCGCCACGCUCGAGGUGGUGCACCGCCCGCUCGAGGGCGUCGCGGGCACGACGUCGCGCGCGCUCGUGAGCACCCUCGAGGGCGUGUUCGCGCCGCUGCUCGCGCUCUCGGCCUUCCCGCGCGCGCUCGUCCAGCUCGUCGUGCAGUCGCUUACCCCGGCAUACGCGCCGCAUCCGUCCUCGCUCGCCGAGGGACGGCAGGUGUCCUGGCCCCCGGCGGAGUACGAGGCGGCUGGAGCGGCUGCGCCGCUCGGCACGAGCACGUUCGCCGCGCGCGCGGCGGCGAUCAACGCCGCUAGCUUGAGCGCACUGCAUGCUGGCUCGAUCGGGAUGCGCGCCGUGCCGUUUGCCGUCGCGCUCGCGUAUGUCGACGGAGAGCUGCUCCUCGACCCCAGCGCCGACGAGGAGGCGGCCGCGACCGCGCGGUUUGGGUUUGGCUGGGCAUUCGGUACCGGUAUCUCGUCUGCCUCUGGGGCUAUGGAGCUCGAUGGCGAGGAGGCCGAGGCGGAGCUUGUUUGGGCCGAGGCUGAGGGCGAGUUCAGCAAGGACGAGUUCGACGACGCCCGCGACCUCUCUCGCGCGGCCGCCGCCGAGGUCCUCGCCUUUGCCAAGGAGCAGCUCGAGGCUUUCUUCACGAGGUAGACGCGCACGCACGGUACACUAGACAUCUCAGACUAGACUGUAGGAUCACAC